GAAACCUGAGGUCACCUUAAGAAAGCUUCCCUUCGACGUCUCUCAUCAUUCAUUUCAUGAACAUCGAGCGACAUAACGACUUUGAACGCUCAAGCGUGAUCAACUCUGCCCACUCUGACUUGUACUCUUGUCGUGUCAUAUGAGAAAUGUUAAGAGGGCGCUCAACCUUAUUAUAACACCACCAUCACAAUCCAUCCACACAAUGUCAGAAGCAGCAUACCGCCCUCUGUGGAGCGCUGCACUGCGUCAAGCCUCUUUUGGCAAAUUUACAACAUGUAGGCAAUGUCGAAUAAGCCUGCCUGGGAAUUUGCAGAUGCGCGCAUCUUCUUCCAAUUCGCGGUGGAAGAUGAGGCAGGGUAAAGACUUCUUUGCCCGCGAGGCCAAGGUGCAGGGGCUCAAGAGUCGGGCUGCGUUCAAGCUCCUAGAGAUGGAUGCCAAAUACAAAAUAUUCCGCAAGGGACAGACGGUAGUAGAUCUGGGGUAUGCUCCGGGGAGUUGGUCACAGGUUGCCGUCGAGCUCACGAAGCCCAACGGCCAGGUCCUGGGAAUCGACAUCAUACCUGCACAACCACCUAGGGGCGUCUCAACGAUCCAAGGCAACUUCCUUUCACCCGAUGUCCAGGGCAUGGUUAAGGACUAUCUCGAGCGAGCCAGACACCGGAAGAAGAUCUCGCCGCCAGCAGAUGAAGACGAAGAACUAGAGAACGAUGAAGAUGACCCGUCCGUGGACAGCGAAGCCACAGUCAUUGAGGAGAAACCGAGCUACAUCGACAUGGAGAGAGCAGCGUCUGAAACUCCAAGUACUGUCAAGGACGGAUCGGAGGCCAAGAAGGGUCGAUUGGUGGAUAUUGUGUUGAGUGACAUGUCAGCACCUUGGGACCAGACCAGUGGAUUCGGCGUGAACAGUCUUAGUAAUCCCUAUCAUAGGAUGAUGAACACGAGCGGCAUGGCCUUCCGAGACCACGCCGGAAGUAUGGACCUGUGCGGGGCAGCACUGCAUUUCGCCGAUGAUACGCUCAAGAACGGCGGGCAUUUCGUCUGCAAGUUCUAUCAAGGUUCCGAGGACAGAGAGUUUGAAAAGAAGUUGAAGACCUUGUUUGCCAAGGUCUUUCGGGAGAAGCCAGAGUCAUCUCGCAGUGACUCGAAAGAGGCGUACUUUGUCGCACUCAGAAGGAAAGGAAACGUAAGCUUAGAGAAUGACGGCCUAUAAUUGACUGUUGGAUGUGUAAGAGUAUGAAAGUCAAGUCGAGGGUACUGCCGUGUUACGAUAUAGAGGGCAAGCGGAAGACGAGCGAUUGCAGAGCUAUCAC